GUGUCUCUCUCUGUGUCCAUCUCUCUCUGUGCAAAGACACGAUGAUCGCCUCUCAUCUCCUGGUGUAUUAUUUCACGGAGCUGAAACAUGACCAAGUGCAGAGGGUGGACAAGUACCUGUACCACAUGCGACUGUCUGACGAGACGCUACAGGACAUCUCCAAACGCUUCCUGGUAGAGAUGGAGCGAGGCCUCGGCAGAGACACCAACCCGACCUCCUCCGUCAAGAUGUUGCCUACCUUCGUCAGGUCCACCCCGGACGGCACGGAGAGUGGGGAUUUCCUGGCCCUGGAUCUCGGGGGCACCAACUUCCGUGUCCUGAGGGUCAAGGUGUCCGACAACAGUCGCCAGAGGGUAGAGAUGGAGAACCAAAUAUUUAGCAUCCCAGAGGAUCUCAUGAGAGGCAGCGGUUCCCAGCUGUUUGACCACAUUGCCGAUUGCCUGGGCAGUUUCAUGGAGAAAUUGGGGAUUAAAGAUCAGAAACUGCCGCUCGGUUUCACCUUCUCCUUCCCCUGUCAGCAAACCAAGCUCGACGAGAGUGUGCUGGUAAACUGGACCAAAGGCUUCAAGUCGAGUGGUGUGGAGGGCCGUGACGUGGUGACACUGCUCCGCCAGGCCAUUCAGAAGCGAGGGGACUUUGACAUUGACAUUGUUGCUGUUAUUAACGACACCGUGGGGACCAUGAUGACCUGCGGCUACGAUGACCACAACUGCGAAGUCGGCCUGAUCGUGGGUACGGGCACGAACGCCUGUUAUAUGGAGGAGAUGCGUCACAUUGACCUGGUGGAAGGGGACGAGGGACGGAUGUGCAUCAACAUGGAGUGGGGGGGCUUUGGGGACCAGAAUGCACUGGACGAUGUCAGGACCGAGUUCGACCGGGAGAUUGACAGAGGGUCCCUGAACCCCGGCAAACAGCUGUAUGAGAAGAUGAUCAGUGGAAUGUACAUGGGGGAGCUGGUGAGGCUGAUCCUGGUGAAGAUGACGAAGGAGGGGCUGCUGUUCGGGGGGAAGAUCAGCCCUGAGCUCAUGGUCCACGGGCACUUUGAGACCAAAUACGUCUCCGCCAUCGAGAAGGACGGUGAUGGGCUACAGAAAGCCCACGAGAUCCUGAGCAAACUGGGGCUGGAGCCGUCCCAGGAGGACUGCAUAGCCACGCAGCGCAUUUGCACCAUCGUGUCCACUCGCUCGGCCAACCUGUGCGCGGCCACGCUGGCCGCCGUGCUCAGGCGCAUCAAGGAGAACAAAGGCCUCCAGAGACUGAGGAGCACCAUCGGGGUGGACGGCACCGUGUACAAAAAGCACCCGCAGUUUGCCCGGCGGUUACACAAGGCCGUCCGGAGGCUGGUGCCGGACUGCGAUGUCCGGUUCCUGAGGUCGGAGGACGGCAGUGGGAAGGGGGCAGCCAUGGUGACUGCCGUGGCCUACAGGCUGGUCGCUCAGAGGAAGGCGCGGGAGGAGACACUGGCCGCCUUCGAGCUGAGCCACCAGCAGCUGCUGAAGGUGAAGGCGAGGAUGAGGCAGGAGAUGGAGCAAGGCCUCCAGAGGGAGACUCACACCUCGGCCACCGUCAAAAUGUUGGCCAGCUACGUGCGCUCCACCCCCGACGGCACCGAAAAAGGUGACUUCCUGGCACUGGAUCUGGGCGGCACGAACUUCCGGGUUCUCCUGGUGAAGGUGAGGAACGGGAUGAGACGCGGAGUGGAGAUGCAGAACAAGAUCUACGCCAUCCCCACGGAAGCCAUGGAGGGCACCGGAGAGGAGCUCUUCGACCACAUUGUGCACUGUAUCGGGGACUUCCUGGAGUACAUGGGGAUGAAGGGUGUGAUGCUCCCCCUGGGCUUUACCUUCUCCUUCCCCUGUGAGCAGAGGAACCUGGAUCAGGGAAUUCUGCUGAAAUGGACCAAAGGAUUCAAAGCCUCCGGCUGUGAGGGGGAGGAUGUGGUGGACCUGCUGCGUGAAGCCAUCAGGAGGAGAGAGGAGUUUGAGCUGGAUGUGGUGGCUGUGGUGAACGACACGGUGGGCACCAUGAUGUCCUGCGGCUACGAUGAUCCCCACUGUGAGGUCGGCCUGAUCGUGGGCACCGGCAGUAACGCCUGCUACAUGGAGGAGAUGAGGAACGUGGAGAUGGUGGAGGGGGACGAGGGACGAAUGUGUAUCAACAUGGAGUGGGGGGCCUUCGGGGACAACGGCUGUCUGGAAGACAUGAGGACCCCCUUUGAUGAGGAGGUGGACAAGUUCUCAAUGAACCCUGGCAAACAGAGGUACGAGAAGAUGAUCAGCGGGAUGUACCUGGGGGAGAUUGUCCGAAACAUUCUGCUGGACUUCACCAAGCGGGGGCUGCUGUUCCGGGGACGCAUUUCUGAGAGGCUGAAGACUCGCGGCAUUUUCGAAACCAAAUUCCUGUCUCACAUUGAGAGUGACCGGCUGGCUCUGCUCCAGGUGCGCGCCAUCCUGCAGCAGUUGGGGCUGGAGAGCACAUGUGACGACAGUAUCAUCGUGAAGGAGGUGUGUGGGGUGGUGGCCAGGAGGGCGGCCAUGCUGUGUGGGGCCGGAAUGGCGGCCGUGGUCGACAAGAUCCGGGAGAACCGUAACCUCGAGCAUCUCCGGAUCACCGUCGGUGUGGACGGCACUCUCUACAAACUGCACCCACACUUCUCCACGAUAAUGCACGACACAGUUGCCAAGUUGGCCCCCAAGUGUAAGGUCUCCUUCGUGCAGUCGGAAGACGGGAGCGGGAAAGGAGCGGCGCUGAUCACCGCUGUGGCAUGUCGCAUCCGAGAGGCCGGACAGCACUAGGGGUGGACCUCACAGGCUGCGCGGACACCUUCCUCCUCCUCUUCCUCCUCCCCUCCAUCUCCCCCCACCCUCAUCACCUCCGACCAUUUCAAAGCAAAUUCCGCAAUCCCUUACGACAGUAUUUACUUUCCCCAAUCCCGACCGGAUUAGGAGCCGAAUGAUUGUGUGUUCCCUCCCUCCGUCCGUCCCUCCCCCUUUCUUUCCCUCUCUCGCUCUCU